AUUGUGAAGGGGUGGGACGGAAAAACGUGGGGUUGCUACCUGGAAGGGUAUAAGCUAGCCAAGAUGGCUGAGUACUUGGCGUCGAUUUUUGGGACAGAGAAAGACAAAGUAAAUUGCUCCUUUUACUUUAAAAUUGGUGCCUGUCGACAUGGGGACCGUUGUUCCAGAUUACACAAUAAACCAACUUUCAGCCAGACCAUCGCCCUCCUGAACAUUUACCGCAAUCCUCAGAACAGCGCCCAGUCUGCUGAUGGCCUCACCUGUGCCAUCAGUGACAUGGAAAUGCAGGAGCACUAUGAUGAGUUUUUUGAGGAGGUCUUCACAGAAAUGGAGGAGAAGUAUGGCGAGGUGGAGGAAAUGAACGUGUGCGACAACCUGGGAGACCACCUUGUGGGAAACGUGUAUGUGAAGUUCCGUUGUGAAGAGGAUGCCGAGAAGGCAGUGAUUGACUUGAACAAUCGCUGGUUCAACGGACAACCCAUUCAUGCGGAGCUCUCUCCUGUCACAGACUUCAGGGAAGCUUGCUGUCGCCAGUAUGAAAUGGGAGAAUGCACUCGAGGCGGCUUCUGCAAUUUCAUGCACCUGAAGCCCAUUUCACGUGAGCUGAGGAGAGAGUUGUAUGGACGCCGCCGGAAGGGAGGUCGUCACAGGACCCGCUCACGUUCCAGAGACCGCCGAUCCCGCUCAAGGGACCGAGACAGAGGAGACCGAGGAGAUCGAGGAGGCCGAGGGGGCGGACGCGACCACGAUAGACGCCGCUCCAGAGACAGAGAGCGCUCGGGACGUUUCUGAACCAUGAGCCAAGACGUCUUGCUUCCUUGUUCCAUUCUCACCAAUUGCUUUUUUUUCCCCCCCCCUCUCUCUCCUUUUUUUAAGUUUGUACCCUCCCAAUUGUACUGUAGGAAGAAUUGAGUGGUGCCACAUGUUGAAGCUGUGACGGCUCUAAGUAACUUGUUAUGCUCUAAAAUGACUUUCACCCCAUUAAAAUUUUUAUGUAACGGUGA